CAUUUUUUUUAAAAUCAUUAAUAUUUUUUUUAUUUCAGGUUUGUUAAAUUUAAUGAAUAAUAGAAGCUUGAGCUCCAGUCUUGAGUAUACUUGGAGUAGGAUAAGGUGUGUCGCAGUUCCUACUAAUGAUAGAGCAAGAAAUAUAAAAGAACUCUACAGAGAAGUUGGUGAAGAACCAUACAGAGAACAUUGAUAAAUUGUCUUUUAUUAGAUAUUGUGUGACAUAAAAAUAUCAUAUUGAAAAGUGAACAGAAAAUCUAAGUUUUAUUUACCAAAAAUCAGUUUAAAGAGAGUAAAAUGGCAACCAUCAUCAAAGAAUCUCCUGUUGUUACUUUACCUAGAGCUCAGAUUGCCCCUAGUCUCCUGGUACAGUUAGGUACAGCUGGGGUUUCAGCUUGUGUGGCGGAUAUAUUUACAUUCCCACUAGAUACAACCAAGGUUCGAUUGCAGUUACAAGGGGAGGGAGGAGGGAAUAUGCAUUCAGGUGGUGUACUGCGAACUGUACUGAGUAUCUGUAAGCAGGAAGGACCAUCUGCCCUCUACAGUGGGAUAGUUCCGGGAUUACAACGGCAGAUGGCAUUCAGUGCAAUCAGGAUCGGAGGAUAUGAGUCAGUUAAACAGAAAUAUCAGGAGAUUAGUGGAGCUAAGGACGGAUUCAAUCUCAUGGGUGUCAGGAUAGCUGCAGGAGUAACUACUGGUACCCUGGCUAUCCUGGUUGCACAACCAACUGAUGUUGUCAAGGUUAGGAUGCAGGCAGCUGGCAACAAGGGACAGUACAAGGGUGUUGUUGAUGCUUAUACAACAAUAGCUAGACAGGAAGGGUUUAAAUCUGGUCUCUACAGGGGUACAAUGCCUAAUAUUGCCAGGAACUGUAUAGUGAAUGUAGGAGAGACUGUUGUAUAUGAUGCUGUGAAGGAUUAUCUAAUUUCAUCUAAUAAAAUGAAGGAUGGAAUACAGUGCCAUCUGUUAAGUGCUGUCGUAGCUGGAGUAACCGCUACCCUGGUAGCUAGUCCAGUUGAUGUUGUAAAAACAAGGUUCAUGAACAGUCCUGCUGGGCAAUACAGGGGAGCUUUCCACUGCGCUGUACGUACUGCAAGAACUGAAGGUUUGCUGGCUUUCUACAAGGGCUUCAAUGCUAGCUGUAUGCGUCUUGUAUCCUGGAAUAUUGCUCUCUGGUUAACCUAUGAGCAGAUCAAGAUUGCUGUCAAAAAACACCAGAACUCUUAAUAAAUCUGAUAAAAUGGUG